AUGGACCUGCUUGCUAAUUUUAAUAAUUUGGAAGAAUGUUUAAUAUCAGAUGAUCUCUUUGAAAAUUACUUCAAUUUUUUCUUAUCACUACCAGUGUUUUCGCUUAAGUUACAAUACAACCGACUGAUUGGUGAUUUCAACUUCACGGAUUCCCAUGAACUUGAUAUUAAAGAGUCAUCAAACUUGGGUUUAUCAGAUGAAAAUCAAGAACGUGUUAUUAAGUGGGCUGAAUCCGAACGUCUUCCAUACUUUUUGCGAAGUGAUAUUUAUCGAGAACUGCUAUUAUGCAAGCUGCUGUUAGCACCUCUGGAACUGAACUCCGAACUUAUCGAUUACUGGGAGCCGUUUAGUGAUGAUUUAGCUAGCUCCUUAGUUGAUCCUACUGGAAUCAGUAGGCAUACUUAUACUUCGUGGACGUCGGAUCUCACCACUUAUGAUGAUGCAACAGAAGAGAGCUACGAUGAAAGUUCUAGAAAAAAUAGUAAAUCUACUUCAUCAUUUAGUAAUCAAUCAAGUUAUGAAACUUCGAAUGCAAUCAGUGAAUCUGUUAGUCAUGAAUCUGUCGAUAAAUUAAAAUCGGAUCGAAGAAAAAGUCGUGAAUACUCAAAGUAUUUUAAAACUAGGCGAAUAACUAUGUUUGAAGGUAAUUUCCCAAAUCGGAAUGAUAACAAUCGUCCAAGUCCAUUAACUGAACAAACUAGUCAUGAUGAUGAUGAAAUUCAGCAUACAAAUGAUAAUAAUAAUAUAACUAUAAAAUAUCGACGUCAAUCAGAACCGAUUAAUAAAUCAUUAAAUUAUUAUCAAUAUUAUUAUUAUUAUCAUUAUUCAAAAGAAGAUACAUUAAAAACUAUUGAACAAGUUCAAAAUAGUUUAAAACAAUUAGAAGAGAAAAAUUUAAAUUCAUCAAGUAAUAAGCUAAAUUUAACGCAUACUAUUGAUAAAUCAAACUCUUUCACAUUUAAUAUUGACAAUACUACUGCUGAUAGUAAUAAUUAA